CUUGUCACUUUUUUUUCUUCUUUGCCAACCCUCACCUCUUCAAAACCACCACUAAUUCCGACGACGACAAUCUUUCACGACCUGUAUACUAAUAUGCCAUCUGCCGCACUCCCGAGUCCGCUCAUACCUCAGGCUCAUACCACAACCGACGAUCAUUUACUCGAAGCAGCAGUUCGUGGAGAUGCAGAAGGCGUACACAGAGCUCUUAUAUUGGGGGCCGAUGUCAAUGCGACCAACACAGCUGGACGAUGUGCCGUCUCGCUCGCUAUUGCAGGUGAAAAUUGUAGAACAGCGGACGCGUCUGACGCGUCUUUCAUGACGCAGAGCCGACUGAACACAAUUCGAAUACUCGUCGAGAACCCCCACGUAUCGUUGCACGCGUUGAACGCACCCGAAGACGCUAUGGACGGCGUUACACCGCUCGGAGUCGCUUCUUGGCUGAACGCGCCCGACGUUGUUCGGAUCCUGCUCGAGGUCGGCGCUGGCGCCGUCUCCGUUAAUGGGUUGGAUACUCACCGAGCUACUCCUCUGAUGUACGCCGCAAGGGACGGGAGGCUCGAGGUUGUCAAACAAUUGCUCGCGUAUGGUGCACGACCGGAUUACAGAGAUAACAACAGUCAUACAUCCAUCUGGUUUGCGCUCCAGCAUCCGCAAGUUCUCUGGCUGUGCGAGAAUGCUGUACGCAGGCACCGUACACUCGAAUGCCAGGCCGGAAAUAAGCAUAAUCUCUCUUCGCCCGCAAGGCUCGCCAUAGACUCUCUACUCUCCGACGACGUGGCAUGCCCCAUCCCGAAAACUAUAUUCGCUCAGUCCGAUGCCAAUGCGCCCCUCAUAAACGCCAUCGUCUCCGCGGAUCUCCACCUACUACGCACGCUUCUCUUUCCAUCCAUCACCUCCACAUCUCCACCCAUCCUCGUCAAUGCACCCGACUCCAAUGGCUGGUCCCCGAUCCACUACUGCGCAUCGUCCACCCUUCCCUCGACGGAAGUCCUAGACACGCUGUACCGCGCAGGCGCGGACGUCGGCCUCUUCUCGAAGUCUGGUAACUCAACUCCGUUGCAUUGUCUGGCACGGAAGAAGAGGGGGACAAAUGUGUUGAGAGGUCCGGCUGUGGCGAGGGAGCUUUAUGAGUUUGUGUUGCAUUUGUGCAGGGAUUUGAAUGCGCCAAUGCGGGCUUGUGCUGCGGGUGGAGAAACGUGCCUUCAUGUGGCGGCAGAAGUGGGCGAUAGCGUGGAAGUGUUGAGAGCACUGCUCGAGUGUGACGUGGAUGGGGUUGUUAGGGAAAUGAGAAAUGAGAGAGGGUUGACGCCACUCGAAGUCGCCAAACCCGAAUUCAGAUAUGUUUUCGGGAACCAAGCCGAGACCACUCGAUCCAGCUCCCCCGCCUCAUUCCGCACCGUUCGCCCAUCCCACUUCCAGUUCCAGUCACCUUCUCCAACCACACCGACGGCCCACAGUCUCGCCCUCCCUUCGCCAUGCCCUACUGCCGCUUCGUUACCCAGAAUGUCCACACCGACACCCAGUCCAGCACAGUUCAACUCACAUACCUCGUCUGAAACGUCCUCAUCUUCUUCUGCGGAAGAUACAGCCGCAUCCGCCACCCAUCUUAUCGAUUCCCUCCGUCUCAUCUCGAACGAGCUCUCUUCGCCACAACAUCCGCUCAUAUCCGAUCUGGAUCGUCUCUCGGCGCUGUUGAGGACGACUUCAGUCAGGAGUGGCGAUCUGUUGCGACAGUUGAGGACAAGGAUCGACGAGGCGUCAGAUGAGCUAAGGCUGGAGCAGGAGGAGUGGAGAGUCGUGGAUGGGCUCUUGGACGGCGUUUCACAGGCGUACGAGGAUAAAGUCAAGGAGGAAAAGAGAGUCACUGAUGAAGAAAGUGAAGAAUACCAUGGUAUCGAGCUCGACGAUUUUCCUCCCGUGCCCGGAACUGGGCAAACUUGGGUAGGGAGAGCGAGGAGCGGAACGACCGUUUCUGCAGAGUCACAGAUGACGGCGGUGAACAGUAUCGAUUCGUACUCGACCGGACCUCCGUUGACGCCUACUUCACCGCAUACCCCGAGUCAUCCGGACGACGAGGACCAGCGGUCGUUCUUCCACUUCGAUGGCGAUGACCGUGAUCACUCGCCGGGACGCUCUCGACGUUCAUCACCAGGCGAAGACGAUGGUGACGACCUCACCGCGCCGUUGAAAGUCCCCUGGCCCGCAUGGAUCGAUAGGUCCGAAUCAAGGAGGCCGAACGCGUCUUAUGGCUAUAAUACACAUUUCGUACCUUCGAAGACGUCCCCCAAUAAAUCACCGAGCACUACCAGGUCGAACACGCCCAAUUCUUCGCAUCAUAAUCCUCAUGGCUUCGCAGGAACGCUCGCGGCGGCUUUGACAGGUUCGCACCACGGAUCGAAAGGGAGCGAACCGCAGUUGAAGACUUACAAGUCGAUGGGCGAGCUUCGUAAUCGGCCGAAACAUCUUUCGCUGACCAGGAAUGGCGACAGUCCCACUCCUAGCUCACACCGUGGCAGUCCGAUUCCUCAUACCCCAGCGAGCGCAAGACCUUCACAGGAGCCGGUGAUGAGCAGGCCGAAUGCGACGAGGCCGAGGGCGGAGACCAGUGCGAGUGUUAGGAGCGUGAAGUUUCCGGUGACGUUGGAGGUGCCGACUGUGAAAUCGAGAUCGAGGGCCGGGUCUUUAUUCUCUGUGGCGACGGGGAGCGCUGUUAGUGGUGUGGCGGCGGCGGGGGUAAAGGGGUCUGAGACUGCAGCGGCGACAGCGACGGACGGUAGCAGUGUAGCUCAGGCGGGCAAGGGUAGGGCGAGGUCGAAGUCGGAGGGAGAGAAGAGCAAGGCUUUUAGGCAUCUUCAUCAUUCGCAUUCGCCCCAGGAGGGCGAGAAGACGGCGGGGCAGAAGGGGACGGGGAAGUUCAAGGCUUGGUUCCGCAAGACGUUGAACUUGAAGCCUUUGACGUUGACGCCUGUUGCGGAGGACCAACAGCAUCAGUACUGUGGGCAGGAACCACAACAGCGGCAGCAGUACCAACAGCACUACCGCCACCGCCACCACGGAGAGGUCGUGCCCGUGCAGGAGGGGUGUAUGAGUGAAGGCGAGGGCGAGGUGGAGGGGAGGUCGAGUUUGACUACGCUUUGUGAGCGAGAGGACGCGAGUGCGAGUGGGAAGAGGAGGAGCUUGUCGGGGAGGUUUCCGUAUAGGGCGUUUGCGGCUGCGUCGAAGGAUCUGGCCAGGAUGGACGAGAGGAUGUCGAACGCCGAAAAGAUCCUAGCUUCGGCGUAUCGUCGUGUCGCACAAGCCGAACGCAUCAUCCAGAACGCACUUCAGACGCGCGAACGCACCAUCCAAGAAUUCCAGGCUGCUAACUCCGUCGACGCAGGCCUCGAAGCCUUCCUCUCUCAUCGCGACUCGCGGAGUCACAGCCCUUCCCUAUUGGAUUCCACUCCCUACGAGUUCGUCGACUUCCCUACAAUUCCAUCGCCAGCUUCUCCGUCGUUUUCGGGCAAUGACUUGUCUGCGCACUCUUCGGUUUCGUCCUUGGCGCUUGGAUCCGUUCUGGGUGCUGGUGCAGUCAGUGGUAGGGGUAGUGAGGAUAGCGAUUGCGAGGGGGUGGAGAGAAGAGCGGAUGGAAACGAGGACGAUACGAAGGGGUUGUAUGCUUUGUUGACGAGGAAGGUGGAUGUGAGGAUAGACGGCGCUAUGGAGGAGGUGGAGAAAGUGAGGGUGUGGUUAGGAGUGGUGAAAGGUGUAGUGAAAGGCGUGCAGAAGAGAGUUGGGUUGGAGGUGCCGAAGGGGUUGGCGUUGUAAGGUGUAAAAAAAGAACCCUCAUUGGGGGAAGCUUCCUCUUGGACUCUUUCUUGGGACUUGCCAUGGUUGGUCUUUUCUUGUAAGUGCUCUGUUCGUCUCGUCUGUUCUGUUUUCAUUGUACAAACUUGCUCUUGAUAUCGUUGAAAACUGUUGUUGCUGUAUUCUGUACAUAAUGCCCCUUUCCUGUUCUGCUCUGUUUCUUGCUCACCUGUUGUGUUAAUGUCCCCCUAAUCCUUUACCCACUCACGCACGAACCUUCUUGGCACAUUCCAUCCACUCAUCCAUCCAUAGCAUGCAUUUCUUGAUACACAUCAUACGGCUCGGACCCUCCUUCAUAGAACUUCAAUUUCCUUCCUCCAUCCGUCACCUCACACAUCUUCCAAUUCUUGCACAUACACAGACACAACAUUUUCAUCUUGCCCAAUUUCUCCUCGUACAUACAUACGUUCAUAUUCGCCCUAGUUAAUCCGGACUCGCAUUGCCAUGUACACUGGCAGGGUGUGCUCCAAGCAGUUGCUCGCUGUAGAUUAUACUUGUAUCUAUACCCCAGCUACAAUAGCUUUGUCUCCUAGACAUCUUAAAUAUAAAGAGCU